AUGGAGAAUGUGAAGUGUACCAUAGGUGAUAUGGCGAUGAAUAAGGAGGAAAAUAUGAAAGGCAAACGAACAGAAAGGAAACUUCUGGUAUCUAAAUUUCAGUGCUUGGAAGUUAUGUGCACCAAGUAUAGCGAUGACCUGCUGCGAAGAGCUGCAUGCCAAGAAGCCCAGGCUUUUGGCAAUCAGCUGAUCCCUUCCAGUAUGCCACUGAAGAAAGCAACAGUGUUCCUCAACCCAGCAGCUUGCAAAGGCAAAGCCAGGAACCUUUUUGAAAAGAACGCUGCUCCAAUUUUGCACUUAUCUGGCUUGGAUGUAACUGUGGUUAAGACUGAUUAUGAGGGACAAGCAAAAAAGCUGCUGGAAUUGAUGGAAAAAACAGAUCUGAUCAUUAUUGCAGGAGGAGAUGGCACAGUACAAGAGGUCAUAACUGGACUUCUCCGCAGAGCAGAUGAGGCUGCCUUCAGUAAGAUUCCUAUAGGAUUCAUACCUCUUGGAAAGACCUGCACUCUGAGCCACACACUCUACCCUGAGAGCAUGAACCAAGUUGAACAUAUUACUAAUGCUACAUUGGCCAUUUUGAAAGGAGAGACAGUUCCACUUGAUGUCUUGCAGAUCAAGGGAGAAAAGGAACAGCCUGUGUUUGCAGUGACUGGUUUAAGAUGGGGAUCUUACAGAGAUGCAGGAGUUAAAAUUAGCAAGUACUGGUACCUUGGGCCUCUGAAAACCAAAGCAGCUCACUUUUUCAGUACGUUUAAGGAAUGGCCUCAGAAGCAUCAAGCUGCUCUCAUGUAUCUGGGUCCAACUGAGAGACCUCCAGAAGAGCCAGAGGAGAAACUGUCCAGACCUCCUUUGUAUGUGAGGCUUUACAGACGGCUUCGGUUAUACUGGUCACCUCCUUCGAAAGAAAUCCCCCAGGAGGUAACCCCAGAGGACUGGGAAGAACUGAAGCUAUCCACCAUUGAACUUUCCAUUGCAACUCGGAACAGGCAGCUUGACCUGACA